UUUUCUUUUCAUUUCAUUUCAGCAACAUUCCAGCUUAUCAAACCCUCAAGUAGUGUUUCGAAAACUUCGUUUAAAAAGUAAAGCCAUGAUGCGUGAGAGGACCUCAAGUGUUGAUGCAGUAUCAGGUCAUGUAAUGCCAGCCCCAUCUAUAACUUCGUCACAGAUAGGUUCAAACACGUCCACAGCUUCAGGCUUGCCCAUUGCAUCUGUGAUGACUUCUCAGCUACUUUUACUAUACUACUUGUUGCUAUAUGAAGAUGUUCGUUUGAACAACACACAUCAACUUUUGACCAGUAAUCGACGUGUCCAUUCAUAUUCACCUCACCUGUUUGCUCAGCUUCCCAUCAGAUACUUACUUUCUCAUGCUCAAAGAGAGCAAAGAUUAUAUGCAGGAUUGUUUUCUUCGUUAGUCAAGUUAUUGGUAAGUCACUAUCCUCAGCUUUGCUUAGUUGAAGAUUGGCUAUACCAGAGUACAUCAGCAGAUUCUCAUCUGGUAUUUCUGCCACCCAAAAGUUCAGUUGGACUCUCAGUCAGUCACCAAAGCUAUGGAAGAUGCUGCAGACAAACCAGGUCGUCUGUUAGUGGUAUUGGAUAGUUUGCGAUGCAUGCCACCAUAUCACCUUUGGCCACUAGCUGCUUCACUCACAGCUUCCAUCAAAUGCUUAUUACAACCAGGUGUCCCUCGUAAGGUUUUAGAUACCUAUCGUCAAGUGUGGAUGCGACUUAAUUCACUGUUUCCACGUCGACUGUGGGCGAUGACAGUGGAAGGUUUAAGACCCAAAGAAAUUGGCAGCAAGCUGAGGAAAGUGCUUUCUGAAGAUGAUAUCAUUCUUGAUCCUCUGUAUGUUCUUCGAUGUGAUGAAAGAGUUUUUAGAUCAGCACCACUUCUCCAGCUUGUAAUAUAUAUGCUUCAAGUGUAUUUAUUAUCAUCUCGAACGUUCCUAUCCCAGCAAAUGCAAAAUACCCCCCUAGUGAACACACCACAUAGCGCUGGUAGUGGGAAUAACAAUAUGGCACCACAAGCCAUAGAUGAAGAACGAGAAAAACUCAAAGGUGCACUCAUACUCACUCAGGAGAGUGCAGCUGUUCAGAUCCUUUUAGAAGCAUGUUUGAAGAAGGAGGAAGAUACGGAAAAUGGAGGUGCUUUAGCACUGCAAGAAAUCAGAAGUAUUGUAUGCUCUUAUAUCCAUCAAGCUUUCCUUAAAGAUACAACAUUAGCAAAGCUUGUUCAUUUUCAGGGUUAUGAUGGUGAGCUGAUAGGGCCAGUAGUUCGAGGUGUGCCUUCCAUGCAUAUAGCAAUUGGACUCAACUGGAUUCCAGAACUUUUGCAGUUGCCUGAUUUAGAGAAGCAGCUGUUUGCUAUUGAUCUUACAUCUCAUCUGGCUCUACAAAAUGCAAUGCCAUCUACUUUAAGCAUAUCUAGGCUUGCAAUCAACACCCUUGCAACAUUACUUUCUGUUCUGGGAGAAAAGGAGAGGCUCCAUAUUAUGGAGGCAUCAUUGCCUUCACUGAUUAACAUUGGACGUGCAUUCCCUGCUCUUACUGAUGAUCUCCUGCAUCUGUUAGUGAUGUAUGGGAGAGUUGCUGCUGCACAGUCUGCAUUAUCAGCUGCUCCAGCUCCGAGAUCAAUUGCCUUUAUGGAGAAGCCUUUUAUUAUGGAAGAAAAGUUGAAAGAGGAAAAAAUGGACUUUGAAGAAAGCGUACCAGAAGGCACCAGUGAACCUUUUCCAUGGCAUACAGCACCAAAGGUUCCAAAAGAUGAUCAGCUUUUUGCUUCCGUAAUAUAUGUUUUCAAAAAGUUGGUUAUUGAAAGCACCAUGACUCACAACCUGUAUUAGUGAUACCAGUUCUUUACUAUAAUAAAGAAAUGCAAUUUUAUGAAACUGGACACUGUAAUUAAUGUAAAUUAUCUGUAUGAUCUUGCGAGUUCCAUAAACAAUAAACACCAUCAUUAGUUAAAUGGCAGGAAACUGACAAACUUAUGGUCCUAGGACCAUCACAGUCAAAAAUAUUUCUUGAAUUUUGUUGUUGUGUGUGUGUAUGUACAAAUUAUAAUUUUUAUUUUACAUGAUGUAAAUCGUUUAUGCAAAUGACAGUAAGUUGACUAGUUUCAUUCAACAUCAUAAGUAUUUUUAAAUAAAUACAGAUUUCCAA